UUGAAAGAGAAAUCAAAAGAGCCAUAUUACAAGUAGAAGUUGAAAUGAGCGAUGACGGGGACAUAGCGAUUGAGUACAUAACGGUCUUCAAUCCUCUUGUUUUGGAAGAGUUUUGUAUGAUACUGGAUGAAUUUUAUACUCCACCUGCGACCACUACAAUACGCACAACAUCAACUACAAUGUCAAGGCCUACAAGCACUACAGCUGCAUCAACAACGAGACGCACAAGAUCAACAAGUACAACCACUCGAUCAACAACAGAGUUUCCAACCACAACAACUACAUCUACAACAGUGUCUUCAACUACCCCAACCACAACUUCUUCACCUUCCACUACUUCAUCUACUGUUGUCACAACUACUGAAAUUCCGGAAACGACUACUGCAAGUAGUACUUCUACUAGCAGCACGUCUACAACAAAAAUAACAACAACGACGACUACCGCAUCCACUACCACUGUACCAGCAAGAAGAACAACUACUACAGUAGUACCAACAACGAUAACGACAACAUCCGUCCCUACUACAUUAGAAAUAACUACCACUUCUGUUACUACAACAUGUGAUACAACAACACCAAUUAUUAUUACCACAGAUCCAGAAACAUCCACAAUCACUACUCCCGUUCCAAUAACAUCCAAUACACCAGUUCCAACAACAACUAGUACCAUAUCAAUUCCAACAACUACAACAAUCCUCAUGACUACCUCGCCACCACAAACAACAGAGUCGACAUCAAGCACAAAAUUGGUGACCAAUUUAUCAACAGAGGCAUUGACUUCUACUGAAACAGUUCCACAAACAACUGUUUCAUCAACACAAGCUUCUUCGCUUCAAAUAUCUACCACAACACCAACAAUUUCGACGACUGUGCCUACUUCAACUUUAAAUACUUCAAAAGUAACUUCUGAGGAAAUAACUACUGCUACAACCAAUAGCGUAACUUCAACUAUAGCUCAAACAUAUGUUACCACAACAGUUAUUCUUGACACAACAACUCCGAUAAUACCCACUACCAUUAAUACAACAUGGGAAACAACAGGAGGAACAGUAACCACUGUUUUACAAACCACUUCGACGGCAGCACCGAGAACUACAACAAGUCACACCUCUGAAUCAAACGCGCCUCAAACUUCUGAGAUGGAAGAUAAUUCAUCGGAUGUUCCUACAACGACCAGAUCCUCAACGCGACGUACAAGAACAACGACAAGACGAAGAAGUCCCUCGGAACCGAGUUCUACAACUGUCGCUUCAACAACUACAACUACAACAACAGUCAUUACCGUACCUACGACAGUCAGUGUCGCGGAAACCACUUCGACUCAUUCAACUGAUCAUACAUCAAUGGAUUCAACUGCAGAUCCCCUUAUUACCGCUUCUGAGCAUUCUACUAUAACCCAGGCAUCUCAAAGCACUGCAACAGAAGACAACCCAGCCGCACUUACUACACCUUUAGCCUCAACAAUUCCUUCGGAUAUAACACCCACGACACUACUCACCGUAAGACCUACGCCAACUCCACCAUUCUAUCUUCCGAUUCAACAAAAUAACUAUGAUGAGCCAACUGCUAUUUGGCUAUCUAUUACCGGGAUAUUCCUUUUCCUACUGAUUCUUAGUUCGGCAUAUGGAGUAUAUCUAUUCGUAAGCUGCAAACAAAUCACCCAAGUCGUCAACAGGGAGCUUGAGCUUGUAGAGGAGCAACCGCCAAGCCAAAUGUCCAGAGUGUCAAUCAACCAUUACGUUAACCCUCUGGCACAGGAAACGUACCACCGUCAACGGCAGCGCCAGGAACAACAAUUGCGGCAAUCUCGAGCGCGUCAACAGCGAUCCCAGCACCGUGAAAGACGGCCAUCCUCAUCCAGUGGCAAUAGCAGUUAUCUGGAGCCAGCUCGCCGAACCACCAAGCAGCCCAUCAUCCCUCCGAAGGCAUCCGGUCGCCCGUUCUCGUUGGCGGAAGAAAUCCGAAAAGCUAAGCUUAAAAAUCAUCAUCUCAAUAAAUUUUGAU